CUUCCGCCGGGGCGGCGGCGGCGGCCCCCGUUAAAGGCGGCGGCAACGCGGAGGAGCGGCGUCUGCUCCGCGCUAUGGCGGAGGUGGCCUCGCAGGAUCUGCUGCUGGCAGCAGCGUUUGUCUCCGAUGCGCAGUACAACAGAAAUAUUCCCUUCAAGACCUCCCCGGAGGCAGUCAGGCUUUAUUAUCUCUAUAACCACUGGAUUAUGCGAACAGCCACCUACUUCUUCAUCUUUCUCAACCUGUCCCUUGCAGUGUUUGAAGAACCUGCUGUGUAUCCGCUCCCCUUCCUGGUCACAUCUAUGGCCGAGGUGUUGUGCCUUCUGGUGUUCUUUGGCCGACUGACGCAUUUUGCAAAAGUCACCCUUCGCAACGUAUUCUGGAAGGAUACCAAAAACAUCUGCAUCAUGGUUGCAAUCCUGUUAUGCCUAACAGAUUUGGCCAUAUAUGGGGUCCUCAAGAUGUACAACGUGAGGAGUAUUCGAUGGUCAAGAAUUGUGAGGCCUAUCUUCCUGAUCAACUUUGCAGAGAGUCGCCAGAUUCGGAGAGCCUUCCGCAGCAUCCGCAACACACUGCCAGAGAUCACCUAUGUCUUCUUGCUCUUCAUGUUUAGUCUUCUCAUGUUCUCCCUCAUGGCCUUGAAGCUGUUUGGUGAGAGGAAUCUCCAGACAGCAGAAGGCUUGCCGUAUUUCAAAAACUAUCUGGAAAUUGUCUUUGACCUCUAUGUCCUGGUGACGACAGCAAACAGCCCGGAUGUCAUGAUGCCGGCAUUUGACUCCAGCUCGUGGUAUGCCCUGUUCUUCAUUGCCUUUGUCAUUGUCAACACUUAUAUCUUCAUGUCUCUCUUCCUGGCUGUUGUGUACAACAACUACAAAAAACACCUGAAGAAUGAGGUCCGUAAGCUGGCUUACAUGAAGCACCGCAAGAUGAUAGAGGCCUUCAACCUCCUGAAGGAAGAGGAAGGAUCACAGUUUGUGGUUAGAGAAUCCCAGUGGAAGCAGCUUGUGAAGCUGGUGGCUCCUGAUAUCAGCAAUUCCCACCGAGAGCUGCUGCUACGCAUCUCAGAUGAUGAGCAGAAGGGUUUUAUAGACAAGAAGUCCUUUGUACAACUGGCAGAUCUCCUCAAUAUCCAGGUGAUUACCCUGAAAAUACGCAGCCAUCCUCUGGGGCAGUGGAUGCCUCGUGUGUACAAGUCAGCAGUGAGUCAGUUCCUGCGCAGCAUGGUUAGGCACAGGGGUUUUGUUUGGACUUACGAUGUGAUCAUUCUAAUAAAUGCUAUCUUCAUUGCUCUGGAUGAAGAAACCCCUUAUAUUUCUUAUGCAGAGUGGGUCUUCCUUGCUUUGUAUAUAAUUGAGAUACUCCUGAAAGUGUACACUUAUGAACCAAGGGCAUUCUUUGGCAAAAAUCAGUUCUGGAACUGGUUUGAUACUCUCAUCAUCUUUGCUGCCUUGACUGCAACGAUACUCAAUACCACUCUGAAAUCGACCAUCAAGUACAACAGCCAACAGAUCCUGGACAUUGUCUUCAUCUUAAGGGUCCUCAGGCUAAUAAGGAUUGUUGACAGCAUUCAAAGGUUCCGUGUCAUCAUGAACACACUGAUAAACAUCGUACCAACAAUGUUGACAUUUGGCGGGCUGACUCUGGUUGUGUACUGUGUGUUUGCUGUCAUUGGCAUGGAGCUAUUCCAUGGGAAAAUCCAGUUCUUCCCUGCAAACUCAAAUGCUCCUCAUGCCCUGGAGUGUGGAAACCCAGCUCUCAAGGAUUCUCUGUUUGCCCGUGGGAAAUACUGCAAGAACAACUUCAACAACUUUGCAUCGUCCUUCAUUGUCCUGAUGGAGCUCACUGUAGUCAACCAGUGGCAUGUCUUUGCCAAUGGAUUUGCCAGUGUGACGGUUCAGCCUGCAAAGCUGUAUUUCAUUGCCUUCCACAUUGUGAUGGUGAUCAUUAUUGUCAACAUCUUUGUGUCAUUCAUUUUGGAAGCUUUCUUUGUGGAGUACUCCCUAGAGAAGAGUGAAGUAGAAACAGCCAUUGAACAGAAAAUCCAGGAGCUGGGAAUGGGAGUUCAAGAGAGCUACGAGGCUCAGAUACGCAACUACCAAGGGACGGACCCGCUGGAGCCGUGGGACAGGUAUGCGCAGUGGGUAGAAGGAUGUCUUCCCCUUCAAGAAAAACAAAACCGCUUGCCCGGUCUCCUGGAGCAGCUUGUGAAGGUGUUCUUAAGUGACAAGAGGUACUACCAAGAUUCAAGAUUUGUUAACUACUGCCUUAAGCUGGCGGAGUUCAUCACUUCUCCUUGCCAGUAUUUCGAUUACCUGUAUGGACAGGGAAUUGGUGCAAAGGCAUCGAACUUCUACGUUGCUUGGGCUCAGCAGCUUGUAAAUGAAGGCAAUGUGCAGGGUGCAGGAGCUGUCCUUCAAAAAGGACUUCACAACCAGGCGCAGCCACGAGAGACCUUGCAACAGCUGUAUUGCUGGCUGCAGAAUUACGAUCCUCGGAACCCGCCUUCGCAAGGUGCUGCUGUUAUAAAACCACUUCAAACUUCACAAGCUGUAAAUCAAAUGGCUCCUCGAAAAGGUGUUUCAGAUCUUAAUGACCCAGUGUACCCUUGCAAAAAUCAGGGUCCUGAUUCUUCUGGUACUCAGGCCUGUUCUUCUGGCGGAAGAGAAGAAGUAAAGUACGUUACGUACAUCUCAAAAUCUGAAGUUCUUCCUAAAUCAUCAUCUACUGUUGUUGAGUGUGAGCAGGUUGCAAUGUAUGAUAAAAACCUGCUCAUAUGUGAAGGCUCUGAACUUUCAUUUGAGGAGCUAAGAGCCAAGAGAUACUUCAAGAAAUACGAGCGUCUCAGAAGACAGCAAGAAUGGGAAGAAGAAGAGAGAGACUCCAUAAGGAAAAAAGAGUCAGCUGUCCUUGAACUUCAAGCCCUGCAGCAGAAGCUGGAGCAGCUUACCCAGCUCACCAAAAACCUGGAGGAAACUAGACUGGAACCAGCAUCUACAACAUCAGCUGAACCAAAUAAGACAAUGGCGCAUCCACAUGUGACACCCAGUGCAGCUUCACAGCAGAACUGGAUAGCAUCUUGUCAAAAUUCAGAUCUGCAAAACACCCAAGGUCUGGUGCCAGACCAGCCUCAGUCAAGUACUUUAUCAUCCGCUCCUCUUACACUGCAGUCAGUGAAACCUGUUGACCGCCAGAAGACAUCUACCUUGCUGUGGGAAGCAACAUAUAAGAAGGAUGCAGUCAAAACUCAGUUAGAGCUUGGAGAACUCCAGAACAGUUUGUUACACCCUCCAUUCAAUAACGUUUCAUCUUGGGAACAGCCACAUCCUGACUCGGCUCUUAAUUGGAGUGCUGGAGAUCAGCACCCUAACAAGCCAUCCACUAGACUAACUACUUCUGAGGAUGCGAAAGAAGCAUCUAGAGUUGGAAAUUCUUCUUUUGCUUCUGGAAAUGCUUCUCAAGCCACUCCAAACACCUCACUGGGAGGAGCAACGCAGGCAACACCGUUCAAAGUGCAACCUUCACCUACAGUUCAUACAAAGGAGGCAUUGGGAUUUCUCAUGGAUAUGUUUCAAACGCCCAUCUUGCCUGAACCAUCUCUUGAAGAAAGUGAGGAACAAUUUGAAAUCUUUUGCAGAAAAAGUGAGCCUGAUGGAAGUCUGAAGGCUAAUGUUGUUGCCCCUUUCGUGCCUGCGUUUUCUAUCUUUGAAGAUGAGAAUGAAAAAGAGAACAACAGGAUCCCACAGCAUAAAAACAAGCCAGAAGAACCUAGAACUAUUGGAGAACGUCCCUUGACUGACUGUACAGCGGGUACAGAAGAAGAAACAGGGACAGCGGAGUUCUUGAAGGAUGAUUAUACAGUGUGGAAUGUAUCCAGUAGUAGUAAAACGUUAGCUCCCAGUCCGAACAACACCAGAGACUUUGCACGAGCUGCCAAGCUUGUAUCAACACCAUUUAACUACCUGUCGGCACAUUCGCGACAAGUUUUGGAGGACAAAGCCUGUGGGGAUGACUUACCUCAAAUGGAUUUGGAGUUUUCUGAAGAAUUGCACAAGCAGACAAAAACUAAGAAGCUAAGCCCUGCUUUUGAACACAUUGCAAAACAAGGAGAGCUUCAAGGAAAUGUCUUGAAACAAGGAAGUGGAAUUCAAGGAAUUGCUACAGCUGCUUCUCAAAGAUUACGUGAGCAGACUGCCAUGAGCAGAACUGAAUACUCCUUGUCUGUUGGGGUGGACAGAAUUUCCCACGAGAAGCUGUCUGGAGCUGGGCAGGACAGGACAGCCCGGUGCAUUAGAUCUGCAGUCCUUGUUGAGAACCCUUGGGAUAAGGAAUUGAUUGGCAAAUUCUUAUCAGAGCUUCCUAAACCACUCCACACCUAUGCCAACUACUUUGAAUGGAACUCUACUCUUCCGUCCAUCAAACUGAAGGCUCAACUCUCACUGGGUUCUAGCUCAUUCCAUGUAGACUGCUUGGUUGGAGAGGGAGCUUUUGCCCAAGUCUAUCAAGCUUCAGUUCUGGAUGCAAGUAACCCUAGAAACAAUCAGAAAGUAAUAUUCAAGGUCCAGAAGCCUGCCAACCCUUGGGAGUUUUAUAUAGCAACACAACUGGUAGAAAGGCUCAAUCCGGGUAUAUCCCAUCUCUACAUCCACUUCUAUUCUGCUCAUUUCUUUCAAAAUGGAAGCAUUUUGGUUGGUGAGCUCUACAAUUAUGGAACAUUGCUAAAUGCCAUAAACAUUUACAAAAAGCUGCCUGAAAAGGUGAUGCCUCAGGCACUUGUAAUCUACUUUGCUGUAAAAAUUCUUUAUAUGGUGGAAGAGCUCCACAGCUGCAAAAUCAUUCAUGGUGACAUCAAGCCUGACAAUUUCAUACUUGGAGAAAGGUUUCUGGACAACGAUACUUGUGACAUAGACGGUCUCUCUCAUGGCUUGACGCUCAUUGACUUGGGCCAGGGUAUAGACAUGAAACUCUUCCCUGAAGGAACGGCAUUUACGGCAAAGUGUGAAACAUCUGGAUUUCAGUGUGUUGAAAUGCUGACGCAGAAACCAUGGAACUACCAGACAGACUACUUCGGCACUGCAGCAACUGUCUACUGCAUGCUCUUUGGUACCUACAUGCGAGUGAAAAAUGACAAUGGUAUCUGGAAGCCUGAGGGAACCUUCAGAAGGCUUGCCAACGCUGACCUGUGGAAAGAGUUCUUUGAAAGCAUGCUAAACAUCCCCAACUGCCACAGCCUGCCUUCUCUAGGGGGUCUGCGCAAAAGGCUGAAGGACUUAUUUUGCAAGUCAUAUGCAAAGGAAAUAAAGUUCCUUCGGAACAGACUUGUUGUGUUGCUCAUAGAACACAAACGGUCACGAAAAUAAGUGUUUGGUUUGCACAGUUACUGAGGCUGGCACUUUUUAAAUGUGAAAUCUUUUUGUAAUAACUUGUUUCAAAAAUAAAUAUGGUAACUUGCAUCUUUCUAUGCUUUCGUGGAAAAAUAGACUAAAAUGACUUGUUAAUUUAACUUGUCCGGUUUGGGAGGCAUGGGCGUGCCGGAGGCUGUAGGCAGUUGUUAUAAUAUUGUGUACUUCGAAGGGGGGAAAAAGCCAGUGAGAAGUGUUGUACGGAUGAAGUAAUUGCUUUCUGCCUCCCCUGGGAUUUUUGAAAAAAAACACUGAAUGAUUCAUUCUGAAGGGACCCUCAUGUAUGUGAGUUGUCGAGGAUUAGUUUUCCCAACAUGAAAAACUGUCAACAGAGCCUUUGGGGAGGAGCGAGGUAUUGGAAAUUCCAGAGUGAAACCCUGCCGUCGUGGAAAACUCCCUCAUCUCCUCACAGAGGAGCAAAGGCAGCGCUUGGAAGUGGAAUAGUGCGUAUGGGCUACGAGAGCAUGAACCUGUGUAGCUUUCUACACCUGAGGGGGGAAAACUCGUGGUCAGCAGGGGUAAGGAGGGCAGGUUUUCUGUAGGUGUCUCCUAAAAAAGCCGCUGCAGAUAAUUAACGAAUAAGAGGAAAUGCUGUUUUGAGUUGGUGCCAAGACAAAGGCGCAGAUGAGCAACAGCCCUCGGACUGCUGCUCUUGCAGCUCUUUGAGGUCUAGGGCUUACACAGUCACAGCCCUCCUGCUCUCCCCUUUCUCUCAGGAGUUUCUAGGCUGAAAGAAACUGAGGUUUGCAGAUUAGAUUUAGAUUUAGAUUAGGUAGGACUGAAGUCACGCUUGCCACUUACGUUAUGUUCACUUCUGACCAGCCACAACACAAUUAUUAGAGAUGAGGGGGAAACCACGAGGCAAAUAUCUCACCUGACUGGAAAUAAAAUGAUUGUUUUCUGUUUGUUA